AUGCAGAAUGUAUUCGAAUUGGCCUUUAUUUCCGUGAUAUUUCUCAUGUACAUUCAAUUUAUUCUUAUGGAUAAAGAGAUCAAAGAUUUGCUAGAAAAAGCAGUUUUAUAUCAAAACAGUAUAACCAAUCCUGAAGAAAGAGAACUUUUAUACACAAUGAGUAGAGCUCAUUCUCCAAUAAUUUCAGCAAUAAAAGAAAAACUGGAUGAAAUUGGACGCAAAGUUUUGAUUAUUUUAUCUGCUUACAUAUUAUUAGGAUUAAGUUCUACUGGUUGUAUGAUUUUGUAUGCCAAGAAAAUUAAUAAUUUAUUUUUACUCAUUGAAAUGGUAGUGUCAUUUGAGUGCGUAUUAUUUUUUGCUUUUCUCUUCGGUCAUUUUGGUCAAAUUUUAAGCGAUGCCAGUACUGAAGUUUUUUACGAGUGCGAUUUGACGAGUGCCCAAUGGAGGUGGGGGCCGGUACAGCCCCAGGUGCAGCGGAAGUGGAUCCUAGAUCCCAACCGAUGCAUGGCUUCGAACAGUCCGUUCAGGAACAACUACAGUCCAACGCAGCGUUGCGGUCGCACUGUCUAUGAUGGCUUGACCGCUGAAGAAAAGACAGCCAUCGUCGACGAGCACAACCGUCUGAGAAUGAAGGUCGCUCGCGGAGCGGAGCCCAGAGGAGCACCCGGACCACAGCCCAAACCUGUCCGUAUGGAAACGCUAGUCUGGGACAAUAAAUUGGCCGAGGCUGCCCAAAAAUUGGCUUACCAGUGCGAAAUGAAACACGACAAGUGCAGACACUAUCCGGAAGAAUCCGUAGGCCAAAAUCUGGCUAGUAGAAAGCGUAGUGACCCGCAACAAAUCAAAGGCCUUUCAGUAGUCAAAGAAAUGGUAAACGGAUGGUACGAAGAAGUCAAAUAUUACAACAGAAACAGUGUUAAAAACUUCAGCUCUCUUUACGGUGCGGGUGGUCAGCAAACCGGACAUUACACUCAGCUCGUUUGGGCUGAGACCAAUCGCGUCGGUUGUGGCGCCAUGAAAUAUUUCCAAGGUGGCUAUUACAAAAUGUUAUUGGUCUGUAACUAUGCCCCCGCUGGUAAUGUGCAAGGUAUGCCCGUCUACAGGACGCUCUAAGACAGCCAACUGACAAACAUCUCGUCGACGCCGGAAUCAAUGAUUUCGACAAAAG